AUGAAUCAUUGGUUGAUAUUGACUGCAAUUCUUCUUAGCUUCACGGUUGUUCAAGGUUUACAAUAUUCCUUAUUUGGAAGAUGUUCAUAUACAGGUGAUCCACAUCUUUGCCCAUUUUUAUCACCAGCAGGUUCAGGAUCAAAUAUGUAUUUUUGUCAACAUGUUGGAUGGGAAAUACUUCUUCAAAAUCAAUGGGUAUUGAUUGUUGUUAAAGUUGGUCCAAGUCCAUUUGUUAUUGUUGAUUUUAUUAUUAUUUUUUUGGAUGGUACCGGAGGCCUUAAAUGUAUAUUAUUUGGUAGUCUUGGCUUAUUAACAUGUCCACUUAGUUCAUCGAUUAUAUCAAUAACAAAUAUAGGUGGAACAGCAUGGACUCAUUGGCAUCCAAAUGCUCAAUUUCUUAAUAUUCAAAUUUCAUCCUAUCCUUGGAUACUAGGUACACGUUAUGAUUUUGUGAUUCGAGAAACAUACGCUUUAAUUCAACAAUCAACUGGUAUUUGUAUUAAAUUUAAUUGUCCAUUAGAAGGAAUUAUAAUAGCGCCACCUCUAAUUAUUACAAAAAUUUGUAAUAUUUAUAUUUCUUCAGCACAACAACGAUUAAUAGGUCGUGUUGAUGAACGUACCGUUGGUUUUGUAAGAAUUGCAUGUCAAAAUGAUCUUCAACUUUCAUUUAAUCUAAAAUUGGCACAAUCAGCUGUUGCUCUUUUAAUUCAUAUUAGUCUUGACCGAAUCAACGAUGAAAAAUAUCAAGAUAUUGCUGCUAAAGCCGAAGAAAAUAUUAGAGCAGCUCUUCUUGUAGCAAAUCGUUUAGUUGCAACUCUUAUUAAAAAUGAAGGUACAUGUUCGCAGCAACGACGUUGUUUAUCAAUUGAUGAUUAA